AUGGAUGUCGGCAAACCACUAGAUGAAGAGCAAGUGGGCGAGAAGAAGUACUUCCAGAAGGUGCUUGACGACAUCGUAAGCCUCAACUCCCUCUUCACUGUCGCCGUCUUCAUCGGCCUCUCUUUCGCCCAGCCGGGCCAAGUUCAGAGCCUCGAGGAUGACCCCCGCUGCCACCCGGACCCCAAAAUACGCAAGCGGCUCGUGGCCUAUGAGAUCGCUUCCUUCAGCUGCUUCAUCUUUGCCGGCUUCCUCGCCAAGACCGUUAAGGUCUUCCUCUACACCUCUGAGAAUCACGAUGCCAUACGCAGGAAACAGAAGGGAUACCGGGAGAAGGAGGAGCCGCACCGCAAGUUAAAGAGCCUCGUCGGGUUCUUUUUGUCAAUCUAUGGGACCAUGAUUGGGUGCUUGCUGCUGCUCCUGGCCAUGGUCGACGUCAUCCAGAUCAAGCUUGGCCGGCUCUCAUGUCACAGCAAGUUCGCGGUCACCACUGUCUGCGUCAUGGUCGGCACCAUCGGCCUUAGCCUGCUGAUCUUCUUCUUCACAGUGACCUACGGCGUGAAAAUCGCCCACGACGCCAGAAAAAUUAUGAAAAAAGAAAAGGAGGGCUCCGUCCGGUCGGCGGUUGAGAAGGUGUGA